GAAUCUGUGAGAUAAAUAUUAUAAAAACGUGAACAAAAUUUCAAAUGUUAUUAUGCUAACAGUUCUUACGUCGUGAAGAGCUUUUAUACUAGGAAGAUCAGAUUUAGUCACGUGUAUUGUCAAUAGGUUAAAAGGAAUUUAUCUUUUUCGAGCUGCUGUAAGACUUGUCUUGGAAUAUAUUGAAUGGUUGGUUGAAGAACCAGUGAUUGAAGAAGUUAGCGAUGAUAUCGCUAUUAAUAUUCGAAGGGCAGAACAGAGAAGACUUGAAAAAAAAAUGCUUACACUACAGGAUCGUUCUUAUUUGUUAACGAGACCAGAAAAUCGAGAGAAAGAGGAUAGAAGAUAUGUAUAUGAGUUAUUUAAAAAAUUUCACAUAUUUGUAAAAUAUCCUGAACGUUUGAGAGAAGUUUUAGCGGGAGUAUGCUAUUAUCAAUAUUUAAGAGCUGGUCGCGUAAUUGUACGACAAGGGCAUAAACCUCGAAAUCAAUAUUUUAUUAUAAAUGGAGAAGUCAGUGUAACGAAAACAGUUAUUGAUCGUUGGACAGGCGAAACGAAAGAAAUUGACAUGGGUAUUUUAACUUCUGGUGAUAUAUUUGGUGAAGUUGCGAUGUUAUAUGAAAUACCAAGAUCAGCAACAGUAGUUACAUUAACUCCAGUAGAUUUAAUACUUGUUCCUCAAAGUGAAUUUGACGAUAUUAUACGACCUUUUUUACAAAAAGAAUGGGACUUAUUACGAGAUGCGUUAAUUAAUUUUAAUUAUUUUAAAUCUUGGGAUGAAAAAACAAUACGAGAAUGUUGCAUUCUUAGUAAAAUAAGAGAUUAUCAAAUUGAUGAGGUUUUAUUAGGUGAUGGUAAAGGAAUGGUGAAUUAUGUUCAUUUCUUAUUAGAAGGCGAAUGUAGUUUAAUAGAACACAUGAUUGUUCGUGAAAAACAUUCUGUUUAUGGAACUCAUUAUGAAAUAUACGAUCCCGAAAAGGCAAAAACUUUAUCAUGGUCAAAAAUAAUUGAAAAAAUUGAUGAAUUGGAUUACCAGAAAACUAAAGAAAAUGACAUGAAGGUAGAUGAAGAUUUUGUAGAUUAUGCUCAACUUUUAUUAUCUUCGAAGCCAACCAACAGAAGAAGAGAUCUUGAUGAACGUGCAAGCAUUAUUACUAUAACAUUAUUGGAUGUAAUAAACCAAUGGCAUAAAAUUACGGAUGUAGCAGAAAUGUUAAUGAGAGAACCUUCGUCUAUUUCUCAACAACGUUAUCCGAUUGACGUGCGUACAAUAUUUAUGCAAAUCUGUACGUUUAGCAGGGGUGCGUGUUUCGGAUUAGGAGAGAAUAUGGUUAAUCGAAGAAUAGUAGCUAACACACCGGUAAGAUGUUUCUUGGUCCCACGAUAUUGGUUGAGAAUUCAUAAUCGUGCAAAUAUUUGGGAACGCGUCAAACAAUUUAUGGAUUCAAAAUUUCCCACGAAGGAGCAAUUAUUUCAAAACUUUGUAACGAAUCGAAGAUGGUUAGAAUAUAAGAAAAUUUUAGUUGAUGAUAUAGGCGAACGUACAGGUCGUCGUAUUCGUAAUAAUGUAACAAUACAUGAUGUUCCUUACGCGAUUAGAAUUGUAAGUGAUAUAGGCGUAGAAAUAUAAUUCUAGGAAAUAUUUAUGAAAUUAAAAUGUUAUUUAUACUUUCUACACUAAUGAAAAAUAAAAAUGUUGUAAAGAUAAAAACUUUAUUAUACAAGUUUUUUUAAAUUCUAAAUAUAGCCUAUGAUUAGACAAUUUAAAUUAAUUCAACAUACACAUAUGUUUUGUAUCAAUUUGUUUUCUCAUCCAAAUAAAAAUAGCUUACAUUAAAAUUAAACAUUUCUCUCUCUCUCUCUCUCUCUCUCUCUCUCUCUCUCUCUCUCUCUCUUUGGUUUUAGUAGAUACAAAAUUUUUCCGAAAUUCGAAUGAAAUUUUGCAAUCAAGCUUACAAUGAAUUGAGUAUUAAGUACUGAUAAUAAAUCCAUAUAAUAUAAUUGAACAUUAAAUAUUUUUGCAUAAAUUUUUUAAAAAUAAUUAUUAUAAUAAUAAUAAAAUUUCUUUUUACGAUUAAUAAAUAAGUACAUGAUUGAAAAUAUUCCAAUUAAAAUUCAUUGUUACAUUCUAUUUUACUAUCGCCGUUAUAUAUAUAUAUAUUGUCAUAUAUUUGUACGUUUUUAUAUAUUUAAUCAGUUCAUAAAUUUUCUUAAUUAU